AUGAGUGAAGCUGAAACACAGCUCGGUACCCUAAGCCUACUGUUAAGCGUGUAUACUACCACACGGUCCAACAUUGGUGCUGAGAGUAAUAUAGAUCUGGUUUUGAAUGUGGAGGACUUUGAUAUUGAGUCCAAAUUUGAAAGGACAGUGAAUGUCUCUGUACCAAAGAAAACCCGAAAUAAUGGCACAUUAUAUGCAUAUAUAUUUCUUCAUCAUGCUGGCAUUUUGCCUUGGCAUGACGGUAAGCAGGUGCAUAUAGUGAGCCCUCUGACCACAUACAUGGUCCCUAAACCAGAAGAGAUUAAUUUACUCACUGGAGAAUCAGCCACACAGCAAAUUGAAGCAGAAAAACAGACGAAUGCUCUAGAUGAACCUGUCUCUCACUGGAGGUCAAGAUUAACCUUAAAUGUCAUGGUGGAAGAUUUUGUGUUUGAUGGAUCAUCCCUCCCUGCUGAUGUUCACCGUUACAUGAAGAUGGUUCAGUUGGGGAAGACAGUGCAUUACCUUCCAAUAUUAUUUAUUGAUCAGCUAAGCAACAGAGUGAAAGAUUUGAUGGUUAUAAAUCGUUCCACAACAGAGCUACCUCUUACAGUGUCAUAUGACAAAAUAUCUCUUGGAAAACUCCGAUUUUGGAUCCACAUGCAGGAUGCUGUGUACUCCCUCCAACAGUUUGGGUUUUCAGAAAAGGAUGCAGAUGAAGUAAAAGGAAUUUUUGUUGACACUAACCUGUACUUUCUGGCUUUGACAUUCUUCGUAGCAGCAUUUCAUCUUCUCUUUGAUUUCCUUGCAUUCAAAAAUGACAUCAGUUUUUGGAAGAAAAAGAGGAGCAUGAUUGGGAUGUCUACAAAAGCAGUGCUUUGGCGGUGCUUUAGUACUGUGGUAAUAUUUCUUUUCCUUUUGGAUGAACAAACAAGUUUAUUGGUACUGAUCCCAGCAGGCAUUGGUGCAGUGAUUGAGCUCUGGAAAGUGAAGAAAGCUUUGAAAAUGACAAUCAAGUGGCAAGGCUUGAGACCCAAAAUUCAGUUUGGUACAUACAAUGACUCUGAAAAGAAAACUGAGGAGUAUGAUACCCAGGCUAUGAAAUACUUGUCAUAUUUGCUCUAUCCACUGUGUAUUGGAGGUGCAGGUUACUCCUUGCUGAAUGUCAAAUACAAAAGCUGGUACUCCUGGUUGAUUAACAGCUUUGUCAAUGGAGUGUAUGCCUUUGGAUUCCUGUUUAUGCUGCCCCAGCUGUUUGUAAAUUACAAGAUGAAAUCUGUUGCACAUUUACCGUGGAAGGCUUUCACGUACAAAGCAUUCAACACCUUUAUUGAUGAUAUAUUUGCUUUUAUCAUCACUAUGCCAACAUCUCAUAGGCUGGCGUGCUUUAGAGAUGAUGUCGUGUUCCUGGUCUAUCUUUACCAAAGAUGGCUUUAUCCUGUGGAUAAGAGCAGAGUGAAUGAGUAUGGAGAAUCUUACGAAGAAAAGCCAAAAAAAAAAGCUCAUAGAGAAUAACUAAGAAUUGAAGAAGAUUCUGACCCCUGGACUCUUACUGGCUUCAUGUAUUAUCUGGUCUUAAGGAAGGAAAAACUUAUUUAAUAAGAGUAUUUUUAAAGCUUAUGACAGAACUACAUGGACAAUACAUCUAUAUUGCCAAAAUCUAGUUUUGAUAUCCUCCUAUUUCAAGAUCCUCUUUGUCCUCACAAGGUCCGCAGUCUCCCAGAUGUCAUUAAAUAAACUUCCUGCAGUUAAACUUCUCUUCAGUGAAAACCUAAGUGUCCUGACCGUUGUAAUUAAUAUCCAAAUCUACAUUUUUAAGACAACUCACUAACUGGAAUUGUGGUGCCUGUGCCACUAGGCUAUGAAAAGUGAAAAAACAAGCCAGUGUGUUACAGCAGAAUCAAGCAUUAUUGCCAAACUGGAGGCUGUCAAAAAUAAAAUGUGUAGUAU